AAAGAAAGAGAGAGAGAGAGAGAGAGAGAGACUUGUGAGCUCUGGUGCACCUGCUGCAAAUUGAUGGCUGAAGCGAGAUAGAGGCCGAAGCUCUUUCUGCGUAGCAGAGGUGGUGAAAGCGACCAAAGAGAGGCAACGAUUCAUUGAUGAGCGGUUAAAUCAGGAAAUUUGACGGGAGAAACAGGGUAUAGUUUUCUUCUUCAGGACUCGGAAUUUGGGGUUUCUCUGAUCUGAUCGAGGGUGCUUGAUUGCUUUUGAGCUGUAGAGAGUUCAGAGUUUUUACACAGGUGAUAGUAGAUUGAGGAAAUUUGGUGGGGUUCAGUGUUUGUUUGUGUUUUAAGUGAGUUGUUGGGAGUAGCAGAUGAGAGAUCUGAGCUGAGAUUUGCAGGAAAAUGGCGACUUCAGAGGUGUCUAUGAAAGGAAAUUCGGUUAACGGAAGAGGAGAGAGUUUUUCUUCUGGUUACAGCGAGCCCAACGAUGUUAGAAACACCAUGGAGGGGCAAAAUUGUCAUUCCACACGUCCUGCCGCCGUCCGAGACCCUGAUACGGCGCUCUACACGGAGCUCUGGCAUGCAUGUGCUGGUCCUUUGGUUACCGUCCCUCGUGAAGGAGAGCUUGUCUUUUACUUCCCUCAGGGGCACAUAGAGCAGGUUGAGGCGUCUACCAAUCAGGUGGCAGACCAACAGAUGCCAGUUUAUGAUCUUCCAUCAAAGAUCCUCUGUCGUGUGAUUAACGUUGCACUAAAGGCUGAACCAGAUACCGAUGAGGUGUUUGCGCAAAUCACUUUGCUUCCCGAGUCUAAUCAAGAUGAGAGCAUGGUGGAGAAGGUGGCUCCUCCCCCUACACCCCCCCGGUUCCACGUACAUUCCUUUUGUAAGACUCUUACGGCCUCUGAUACGAGCACCCAUGGUGGCUUUUCGGUGCUUAGGCGGCAUGCGGAUGAGUGUCUACCGCCUUUGGACAUGUCUCGCCAACCUCCAACGCAGGAGUUGGCCGCCAAGGAUUUGCAUGGAAAUGAAUGGCGUUUCCGGCAUAUCUUUAGGGGUCAACCACGUAGGCACUUGCUUCAAAGUGGCUGGAGUGUUUUUGUUAGUUCCAAGAGGCUAGUUGCAGGCGAUGCAUUCAUAUUUCUAAGGGGUGAGAAUGGAGAACUACGUGUUGGUGUUAGACGGGCAUUGAGACAGCAGGGCAAUGUUCCUUCGUCAGUGAUAUCAAGUCACAGCAUGCAUCUUGGUGUGCUUGCUACAGCAUGGCAUGCCAUCUCAACAAAAACCAUGUUUACAGUUUAUUACAAGCCUAGGACAAGCCCAGCUGAGUUUAUUGUUCCAUUUGAUCAGUACAUGGAAUCUGUAAAGAACCACCACUCAAUUGGAAUGAGGUUCAAAAUGAGGUUUGAGGGUGAAGAGGCUCCAGAGCAGAGGUUUACCGGCACGAUAGUUGGAAAUGAAGAUGCUGAUCCCAAUAGGUGGAAGAAUUCGAAAUGGAGGUGCCUUAAGGUGAGAUGGGAUGAAAAUUCUACCAUACCUCGUCCAGAUAGAGUAUCACCGUGGAAAAUAGAACCUGCUUUGGCUCCACCAGCCCCAAAUCCCCUUCCAGUGCCAAGGCCAAAAAGGCCCCGAUCAAACAUGGUGCCUUCAUCCCCGGACUCCUCUGUUCUUACGAGGGAAGGUUCAACAAAAGUGACUGUAGACCCUUCACCUGCAAGUGGCUUUUCAAGGGUCUUGCAAGGUCAAGAAUUCAAGACCUUGAGAUGCAACUUUGCAGAGGGUAAUGAGUCUGACACUGCUGAAAAGUCUGUUGCCUGGCCACCUUCAUUAGAUGAAGAGAAGAUUGAUAUUGUUUCUGCAUCUAGAAGAUAUGGUUCAGAGAACUGGAUGUCCUUGGGGAGGAAUGAACCAACUUAUACAGAUUUGCUUUCAGGUUUUGGAUUGAACACUGAUUUGUCCCGUGGUUACUGUCCAACCUUUGUCGAUCAGGCUGCUGCAGCCACUAAUCCAGCAAGGAAACAGCUACUAGAUCAAGAGGCAAAGUUCAACUUGCUUUCAGGCCCCUUUUCCCUCAUGUCAUCUAGUCUGUCUCUGAAGUUGCCAGACCCUAGUGUGAAGUCUCCUAUGCAGGGUGUUGAAUCGCCUUAUCAAGCACGAGGGAAUGUUGGGUAUGGGGCUUUUAGUGACUCUCCCAUGCUUCAUGGUCCUAGGGUUGAGCACUCACAUGGAAACUGGUUGAUGCCUCCCCCACCACGAUCUCAUUUUGAGAACCCAGCUCAGUCAAGAGACUUAAUGUCCAAAACAAUAUUGGCAGCAGAACAAGGGAGUGCGAAGCCCAAAGAAGGGAACUGCAAACUCUUUGGUAUUCCACUCAUCUGUAACCCUGUCGAAACAGAGCCAGCAGUUUCCAAUAGAAAUGUGUUGAAUGAGCCUGUGCAUGCUGCUACAUAUCAAGUUCAUCUAUUUGAGUCAGAUCAAAAGUCUGAUCAGUCAAAGGGCUCAAAGUUAUCAGAUGAUCAAGCUGCUGUUGAGCAGGAGAAACCAUUUCAGUGCCAGCCCCAUGGCAAAAUGUAUAGCAAUUCAACACGGAGCUGUACUAAGGUUCACAAGCAGGGGAUUGCUCUUGGUAGGUCUGUGGAUCUUACGAAGUUCAGCAACUACAAUGAAUUAAUUGCUGAAUUGGAUCAGUUGUUUGAGUUUGGAGGGGAAUUGAUGGCUUCUAAGAACUGGCUGAUUGUUUAUACUGAUGAUGAGGGUGACAUGAUGCUUGUUGGAGAUGAUCCCUGGCAGGAAUUUUGUGCCAUGGUUCGCAAGAUGUACAUCUAUACAAGAGAGGAGGUCCAGAAGAUGAAGAAACCUGGAACCCUGAGUUCUAGGAGUGAGGAAAAUCCAGCUGGCAUUGAAAAUGUUGAUGCAAAAGAGGGGAAAUGUCCAUCUGCAACUAGUGUAGAGAAUUGUUAGGGCUUGGCUGUAAUGUUUUAGGUUUCAUGGGUGCAGACAACAGUGAAAGUAGCUUUCCAGAGCAUCUGAGAAAUUCAAGUAGUGGAUUGUGAAGCAGUGGCUAAUUGAAGAAGGAUAUGUUUAUAGCAGUGGCUCUAAUUGAGAAGGAUAUGUUUAUUUCUGAGUUCGCAUACUAGACAGAUAUAGAUGGGGGGAAGUGAUAUUAAAUCCAAUUUUUGUUGGACGGUAGUGUGGAGAGGCGGUAGUAGUAUAUAGUUCCAGUUAUAUACAUAAAAAGUAUGUACGUAUACCCAUACUUCAAGCACAUGGCUGUUAAUAUGCAGUCUCUGUACAGUAUGUUCCUGUUUUUUCAACUUCUGAAUGUAAGUAAUGCAUUAUGCUCUAAUAUCCCUUUUGAGUAAGAAAAUAUGUUUUGAGUA